ACAACAUUAUCAGCUGGAAAAAUAUAUAGAUCUUUUAAUUGAUGGUAAACAUUAAUUUCCGGUUAAUCUAAGCAUUGAUUUUUAUCGUUUCCAAGCGUAAAUAUAAAAGUUUAACGUACAAAAUUCUACCGUGUGUAUUCUACCGCCAAUUCGGUCUUUUCCCUCCAAAAUCGUUACAUUUCCCAAGCCGUUUGCUAGCAAUCUAGCUGCAGCAGCAAUACCAGCAGCUCCUGCACCAACAAUAACAAUUUUUGGUCCGGUAAUCAUCAUUCGUUUUAACACUUUCAAAGAACAAAAGACACUGCCGAAAUGUUCUCGCGUACUGUCGAUGUUCGCACAUAAGGUUUUCUUUCUAACUAACGUUUGUACCAAACGAAAUACUCAGAUAACCAUAUCGUGAUCCUCGAACUACGACGCAAGACACAAGCACGUAUUAUUUGUCUUAUGACCCAAUCAGAUGAUUGGAUAUAUGACAGCAAUCGAGAUGUCUAUAAAGAUGUAAAUGCCGUUAUAUAUCUUAUCUCUGUAUUUAAUGUUGCGUUGCUUAUAAUUACUUCUGUUAAAAAAUAUUUUAUUCAACGAUUUGUGCCAUAACUUGUGUAAACAGUCUUCGACUAUAGUAAGUUCUGCUUGUUCGAAAUAGUGUAAUGUUUUGGUAUAGGUUAUGAACAAGUUUUACCAAUUAUUAAUGUUCAACGAUGAAUGUAAACGUGUGAAUCUUUGAUUGAAAUAUAUUAUUAGUUAAAAAAUAUAUAUAUACUUAACGAGUUUGCAAUAAUGGCACAAGAAAGGGAUGAAUUAUCUCGAAAGAGACACAAAAGGGAAAUGGAGAAGGAGAGUAGUCCUUUAGAAACAGAUGACGAUUAUGUCCCGUAUAUACCAGUUAAAGAACGCAAGAAACAGAGAUUAGCUAAACUGGGCAAGCUUGGACAACUUAAAGAUGAAGCUGCUGCUGGAAUUAUUGGGAAAAGCAGCAGUGAAAAUGAGAAGGAUGAUGCAGAUGAUGACGAUGGUCAAGUAUGGGGAAGAAAGUCGAAUAUUUCUCUUUUGGAUCAACAUACAGAGUUAAAGAAACUAGCAGAAGCCAAGAAAGAAAGUGCUAUGGAGAAGCAGCUGAAAGAAGAAGAAAAGAUCUUAGAAAGUGUGGCAGAAAACAAAGCUUUAAUGGGUGUAGCAGAAUUAGCAAAGGGUAUUCAAUAUGAAGAUCCAAUAAAAACUAGUUGGCGUCCACCCAGAGCAAUACUAGCUCUUGGUGAAGCAAGGCACGAAAGACUUAGAAGGAAGCUAAGAAUUCUGGUGGAGGGAGACGAUGUUCCACCUCCUUUGAAAAGUUUUAAAGAGAUGAAAUUCCACAGAGGGAUCUUGAAUGGUUUAGAACAGAAAGGUAUUGUUAAACCUACACCGAUCCAAGUACAAGGAAUACCUACAGUAUUAUCUGGCCGUGACAUGAUUGGCAUUGCAUUCACCGGUAGUGGAAAGACAUUGGUAUUUGUGUUACCAAUUAUAAUGUUCUGUUUGGAGCAGGAAGUGGCUAUGCCAUUUAUAAGAAACGAAGGGCCGUACGGUUUGAUCAUCUGUCCAUCGCGGGAGUUAGCGAAACAAACGUACGACAUUAUUAGACACUACACAAACAGCUUACGCCAAGCUGGCUGCCCCGAAAUUCGUAGUUGUUUAGCUAUUGGUGGUGUACCUGUAUCCGAAUCUUUAGAAGUUAUUAACAAGGGUGUACACAUCAUGGUAGCUACUCCAGGCCGGUUAAUGGAUAUGCUAGACAAGAAAAUGGUAAAACUGAGCGUUUGUCGUUAUCUGUGCAUGGACGAAGCGGAUCGUAUGAUCGACAUGGGCUUCGAGGAGGAUGUGCGAACAAUUUUCUCGUUCUUCAGGGGUCAGAGGCAAACUUUACUCUUUUCCGCCACUAUGCCGAAGAAGAUACAAAACUUCGCUCGUUCCGCUUUAGUGAAACCUGUGACGAUCAAUGUAGGCCGCGCAGGUGCUGCGUCAAUGAACGUGAUUCAAGAAGUUGAAUACGUCAAGCAAGAGGCGAAAAUCGUGUACCUUUUGGAGUGCUUGCAGAAGACUCCGCCACCAGUGCUUAUAUUCGCCGAGAAGAAGCAAGAUGUAGACGCGAUCCACGAAUAUUUAUUGCUGAAGGGAGUUGAAGCAGUAGCGAUACACGGUGGAAAAGAUCAAGAAGAAAGAUCACGGUCCGUGGAAGCUUUCCGCGGCGGUCGCAAAGAUGUACUAGUCGCGACGGAUGUCGCGUCCAAGGGUCUCGACUUCGCCGACGUGCAGCACGUAAUAAAUUACGACAUGCCUGACGACGUGGAAAAUUAUGUACACAGAAUCGGAAGAACCGGUCGUUCAGGGCGCACCGGCAUAGCGACGACGUUCAUAAAUAAGGCAAACGACGAAUCUGUGCUGCUUGAUCUGAAGCAUUUGCUGAUGGAGGCGAAGCAAAAGGUCCCACCGUUCCUGUUGGAACUUUGUUCCGAGAACGAGAAGUAUCUCAAUUUGGGAGACGAACGUGGUUGCAGCUAUUGCGGCGGUCUUGGUCACAGAAUCACGGAGUGCCCGAAGCUGGAGGCCAUUCAAAACAAGCAGGCGUCGAAUAUUGGGCGGCGGGACUAUUUGGCCAGCAACGCUGCCGACUAUUAAAGCAAACGUUUUGUGUACACCGUUCCCGGCGUAAUUUUGUCGCGUGUAAAUAAUUUCUUACAGUUUGUACUUCUAGUUAGUAA